CUGGCAGUGGCUGUGCGGUCCUCCAUCUGCUUUCCACCAUCAUGUCGUUCGAUUCUCAGCAACCAUCCCCCCCACAGCUCUACGACGAUCUGGAAGGCCUCGAUGCGGAGGACGCGCGCGCAUGGGAAGCGUGCCCAUUGCGCCCACAGGCCCAGCGCGUAGACUAUCUGAUGGAAUAUUGGCGGCAGGCUCGCGACGGCAGCCGCUCUCAAGAGCUGUACAGUGAUCUGAAGGAUUAUCGGACGUUCGUGCCGUGUCCUUUGAGCCCGUUCACUCGACUGCGAGCCGUUCUUAUACGAAGAGAGUACGAGGCCGCUUGGAGCGAUUUGGAGGCAGCUUUCGUUGCUGGCAAACAAGACUUUAUAACGCAGGAGGGACAACUGCGUUACGCUGGUCCUCCGACUCCUGCGGCUGAUGCUCCGUUCAACUACGCGUUCGCCCUCACAGGUUAUCCGGGCAUCGGAAAGACCAUGUUCCUCGCCUUGGCGCUGUUACGAUGCCUCGAGAGACAUUGGACUGUAAUUCUACAGACAAGUCCCGCUAAGAUUUUCAUCUUCAACUCUGACGGCGUGUAUGCGAUACCAUCCCCGGUCGAACCGACCGAACUCGCGCAAGGGCUUCCUCGGUCAACUUGGUGUCUUGUCGACUCGAACACUGCCCUUGAAAGCGUGCCCCACCAUAUCCUGAUCCUCGAUCUCUUCCUCAUUCAGGCUACAUCUCCACGAAGCAACAGAACUUCGUGGUCGACAAAGCGGGACAUGUUUUAUCUCUACCUCAUCGAUCCCAUGCCUGUCGACGAGGCGCAAUUGGCGUUCCCCUUAAAGCGGGGCGCGGUGCGAUCGCAGGCAACCGAUCGCAUCAUACAAGAAUAUUAUGACCGAUAUGGGCCCUCUACGCGCCUCGCUUGCGCCGCCGGUUCAGCCAAGCCCGUCGAGCUUUGGGACAAACGUCCAGCCAGGCGACUCACAGAGGCUCUCACGGACCUCACUCUGCCGCAGCUCGAGAUGCUCGCGAAGCACUUCUCGCAAAUGCGCUUGGAUGAUGAUGUCUCAUCAGCCAUCCUCUUGGUUCGUCCUGGAGUCACGCGCGACGUGGUGCAAGUCGACUUCGUCUCCACACAUGUCCUCCUUCGUUGCUCAAACAGUCUGUCGCUAUCUCGAUUCGAGCUCCUACGACACUUCUACCGUCUCUUCGCUUCGAGUCCGAAAGCCAAAGCUGUAGCCGGCAACUUGUUGGAAGCGCACAUGGAUCAUCUACUGCCCAUGUCCUAUACGUGGUCGGUCACGAAAAGGGGGGACCCUGCCUGCGAGCCUGACAGUAGUACCAAAUAUCGAAUGGUCGUCUAUGGGGGCUCGACAGAUACCCUCCGUAUCGAGCUGGAUGAUGGCAGCACGCAGGGCCCAUGCAACGAGGUGCUUGCCAUUCAUGAAUAUCACUCAAGAGAGAGCAUCCAAUUGGAAGGGAAGUACUACAUGCCAAAAGCGCGGAACGAGCCCACGAUUGUCUCUUUCAUCUACAAUCCUACAACAAACACCAUCACCGCCUUCCAGAUCAGCGUCUUAGAUCAGCACUCAGUCGACACGGAAUAUUUUUCAUGGCUGAAGACGCUUCGUGGCGCGAGUGCAGAUGCACCAGCUAUCGACCUCGUUAUCAUUUCCUCUGACCCAACCGUCAGCCUUCCUCACAGAGACACCGCGACGAGCGUCAUACGGAGUAUGUAUGAUUUGUACCUUGAUGACCUCCCUGCACCAUGCGCGCGCUCAAAUGAGCCGCUACCUAAACGGCGACGUCUUGCUGACGCUGCAACACAGACGAUCGAGUAGGAUGAGUCAUGCAGGGCUGCCAGCAAGCAUGCAAGCGCUGUAGUAUCCCUAGAUUGUUGUGAAC